UCUUACGGUAAGCAGCUCUAAAAUUCAUGAACUGAAUAAAGUUCGUUUGUACGAAAGCGACAAAGAACCUGCUUUCAAGUUCUUCUAGGAAUACUGAAAAAGUGUUGCAUUGGGUAAAAAUGGAGAGCGGUACUGAUGCAUUUGGAGUGAGCAGUGCACGUAUUGGAAGUUCUAGCAUUUGUAGGAACAAUGUCAGGGAAGCUUUCUCCAUGUCUUCUCAUGAAGAAGACGAUGAAAAUGCAUUGAAAUGGGCCGCUAUUCAGAAACUGCCUACCUAUUUGCGAGUAAGGAGGGGAAUACUCACUGAACAAGAUGGGCAGUCGAGGGAGAUUGAUAUAAAGAACCUUGGUUUCGUUGAGAGAAGGAAUCUGCUUGAAAGGCUGGUGAGAAUAGCAGAAGAAGAUAAUGAAAGAUUCUUGCUGAAGCUUAAGGAACGCAUAGAUAGAGUUGGACUUGAUAUGCCUACAAUUGAGGUCCGGUUUGAGCAUUUAAAUGUGGAAGCAGAAGCUUAUGUGGGGAAUAGAGCAUUGCCUACCAUGUUCAACUUCUCUGUAAACAUUGUAGAGGGAUUGUUGAGCAACUUGCAUAUUCUUCCCAGUAGAAAGAAACCAUUUCCAAUCCUCAAUGACGUUAGUGGAAUUAUUAAACCCCGAAGAAUGACGUUGCUUUUAGGGCCUCCAAGCUCAGGCAAAACUACAUUACUAUUGGCUUUGGCUGGAAAACUCGGUAAAGAUUUGAAAUUUUCAGGCAGAGUAACUUAUAAUGGACAUGGAAUGGAAGAAUUUGUACCACAGAGAACAUCAGCUUAUAUAAGUCAAUAUGAUCUUCAUAUAGGAGAAAUGACAGUCAGAGAAACAUUAGCCUUUUCUGCAAGAUGUCAAGGGGUUGGACCUCGUUAUGAGAUGUUGGCAGAGUUGUCUCGUAGAGAGAAAGAAGCAAAUAUCAAGCCUGAUCCUGAUAUUGAUAUCUAUAUGAAGGCGGCUGCACUAGAGGGACAAGAAGCCGGUGUUGUUACAGAUUACAUUCUUAAGAUAUUAGGGCUUGAAGUUUGUGCGGAUACCAUGGUGGGAGAUGAAAUGAUACGAGGUAUCUCUGGUGGACAAAAGAAGCGGGUCACUACAGGUGAGAUGCUGGUUGGGCCAGCAAGGGCACUUUUCAUGGAUGAGAUAUCUACCGGUUUGGACAGUUCAACAACGUUCCAAAUAGUGAAUUCGUUGAGACAGUCCAUUCAUAUCCUCAAUGGAACAGCUCUUAUCUCUCUCCUCCAACCAGCUCCGGAGACAUACCAACUGUUUGACGAUGUAAUUCUUCUUUCAGAUGGACAGAUAGUAUAUCAAGGUCCUCGGGAGAAUGUGCUUGACUUCUUCAAAUACAUGGGUUUCAAAUGUCCUAAAAGAAAAGGAGUUGCUGACUUCUUACAGGAAGUGACGUCAAAGAAAGACCAAGAGCAGUAUUGGACACGUAUAGACGAGCCUUACAGUUUUAUCUCAGUCAAGGAAUUUGCUGAAGCAUUUCAGUCCUUCCACAUUGGGCAAAAACUAGGCGAUGAUCUUGCAAUCCCAUUUGACAAGUCCAAAAGCCAUCCAGAUGCUUUAUCAAAAGACAAGUAUGGUGUUCCCAAGAAGGAGCUACUAAAAGCUUGUCUGUCUAGGGAACUUCUUCUAAUGAAGAGGAACUUGUUUGUCUACGUUUUCAAAAUGUUUCAACUUAUUUUCAUUGGGUUCAUAACAGUGACAAUUUUUCUAAGGAUAGAGAUGCAUCGAGAUACAAUAACAGAUGGUGGGAUUUUUAUGGGAGCUUUGUUCUUUAUUCUAGUUACGGUAAUGUUCAAUGGGUUCGCAGAGCUUACAUUGACUAUCUUGAAACUUCCUGUCUUCUACAAGCAAAGGGACCUUCUCUUCUAUCCUUCGUGGGCAUAUUCUCUACCAACUUGGAUUCUUAAGAUUCCAAUCAGCAUCUUAGAUGCUACUCUAUGGGUUUUGAUGAGUUAUUAUGUAAUUGGCUUUGACCCAAAUGUAGGGAGGUUUUUCAAGCAAUACUUAUUGCUCCUAUGUCUUAGCCAAAUGGCAUCAGCACUAUUCAGAUUCAUGGGAGGCUUAGGAAGAAAUAUAAUUGUUGCAAAUACCUGCGGUUCAUUUGCCAUGCUUGCAGUUCUUGUUAUGGGAGGAUUCGUCUUAACCCGAGAUGCUGUCAAGAAAUGGUGGAUAUGGGGUUACUGGAUCUCACCAUUGAUGUAUGGGCAGAAUGCCAUAGCUGUAAAUGAAUUUCUAGGGAAGAGUUGGAGACAAGUUCCUCCCAACUCUACUGAGCCAUUAGGAGUUUUGAUCUUAAAGUCUCGUGGAAUUUUCCCUGAAGCACGUUGGUACUGGAUUGGUGUAGGGGCUUUGAUUGGAUACUGUUUCCUAUUCAAUUUCCUUUUCACAUUGGCAUUAAAGUAUCUUGACCCAUUUGGGAAGCCUCAAGCUGUAAUAAGUAAAGAAACAUUAGCUGAGAAAAUUGCUAGCAAGGCAAGAGAAAAAGUUGACCUGUCAUCAAGGGGAGAAGGUUCUUCUGGGGGAGGGAACGAAAGCCAAAGAAGUGUAUCAUUUAGAUCACUUUCUGCAAAAGUUGGUAGUGUCAAUGAUGCUAAUCAGAGCAGGAAGAGGGGCAUGGUUCUUCCUUUUGAACCCUUGUCUAUGAGCUUUGAUGAAAUCAGAUAUGCUGUAGAUAUGCCACAGGAGAUGAAAGCUCAAGGCAUUUCUGAGGACAGGUUGGAACUUUUGAAGGGAAUAUGUGGUGCUUUCAGGCCUGGAGUCCUAACAGCUCUGAUGGGUAUAAGUGGUGCUGGCAAGACCACUCUAAUGGAUGUGUUGGCAGGAAGAAAAUCCGGUGGGUAUGUUAAGGGAACCAUCAAAAUUUCUGGAUAUCCAAAGAAACAGGAAACAUUUGCUCGCAUAUCCGGAUAUUGUGAGCAACCAGACAUCCAUUCCCCACAUGUUACAGUCUAUGAGUCCUUGCUUUUCUCCGCAUGGCUUAGACUACCCCCAGAGGUCAAUCCUGAGACCAAGACGAUGUUCAUUGAGGAAGUUAUGGAGCUUGUGGAGCUAACCUCACUGAGAGAAGCACUUGUAGGAUUGCCCGGGGUGAAUGGCCUGUCAACUGAGGCACGCAAGAGGCUAACAAUUGCAGUUGAACUUGUCGCCAACCCAUCCAUAAUAUUCAUGGAUGAGCCUACCUCUGGUCUUGAUGCUAGGGCUGCAGCUGUGGUAAUGAGAACAGUGAGGAACACUGUCGAUACAGGAAGAACUGUGGUGUGUACCAUCCACCAACCAAGCAUUGAUAUAUUUGAUGCAUUUGAUGAGCUACUUUUGCUAAAAAGGGGAGGUGAAGAAAUAUAUAUGGGUCCAUUAGGCCACCAUUCUUGCUAUCUGAUAAAAUAUUUUGAGGAAAUAAAUGGAAUCCCAAAGAUAAAGGAUGGUUACAAUCCAGCAACCUGGAUGUUGGAGAUUACGUCAGCAGCACAAGAAGAAGCCCUUGGUGUCAACUUCGCCGACAUAUACAAGAACUCAGAACUAUAUCGGAGAAACAAGGCAUUGGUGAAGGAACUAAGCAGUCCUGCUCCAGGUUCCAAGGAUUUAUACUUUCAGACUAGAUAUUCACAAUCUUUGCUUACUCAAUGUAUGGCUUGCCUCUGGAAGCAGUACUGGUCUUACUGGCGAAACCCACCAUACAAUGCAGUGAGAUUUUUAUUCACAACCGUUAUUGGUCUAUUGUUUGGGACCAUUUUUUGGGAUAUAGGCUCCAAAAGAACAAGGGAACAAGAUGUUUUCAAUUCCAUGGGUUCUAUGUAUGCUGCGGUUCUCUUUAUAGGAUUCCAAAAUUGUGCAUCAGUCCAACCAGUUGUGGCAGUUGAAAGAACAGUCUUUUAUAGAGAAAGAGCAACUGGGAUGUAUUCAGCGCUGCCAUAUGCAUUUGGACAGGUUGUGAUUGAGCUGCCGUACGUAUUAGUUCAAACUGCCAUUUACGGAGUUAUAGUGUAUGCCAUGAUUGGAUUCCAGUGGACAGCAGCCAAAUUCUUCUGGUAUCUGUUCUUCAUGUAUUUCACAUUCUUAUACUUCACCUUCUAUGGGAUGAUGGCUGUGGCUGUUACUCCAAACCACAAUAUUGCUGCCAUAGUUUCAUCUGCGUUCUUUGCAAUAUGGAAUCUGUUCUCCGGAUUCAUCAUCCCCCGAACAAGGAUUCCUAUAUGGUGGAGAUGGUACUAUUGGGCAUGCCCCGUUUCUUGGACAAUUUAUGGACUAAUAGCUUCACAGUAUGGAGACAUAAAUGAGAAAUUUGAUUCUGGAGAAACAGUGGAACAUUUUGUAAGAAACUACUUCGAUUUUAGAAAUGAAUUUGUGGAAAUCGUUGCAAUGGUAGUGGUUGGAAUAUGUGUGCUCUUCGGCUCCAUAUUUGCAGUGUCGAUCAAGGCUUUUAACUUCCAGAAGAGAUGAAAAGUCCUAGGCAUUCAAAUAUACUAAAAUUAUAUCCACAUUAGACCCCCAUCAGGUUCUGAAAAGAAAGAAAAUAUUUCAAGUAUUCAGUUUUUGUCAACUUUGUUCGAGUUUCUGUAUAGUUUUUUCUAGUUGUGUAUGUUC